AUGGCCGAUUCAAGUAAUGUAAACAACAUACGAUGUUUGUGUGCAGACAUGGUUCAGAAGGCUAAUAGCGGACAUCCUGGUGCACCUUUGGGCUUGGCACCUUUAGCAUAUAUCUUGUAUACAGAAGUAUUGAAUUUUGAUCCUGAUGACGAAGGAUGGAUUGGCAGGGAUAUUUUUAUCUUGUCUAAUGGUCAUGCAUGUGCAUUACAGUAUGUGAUGAACUAUCUGAUAGGACGUUUGACUAUUGAUGAUUUAAGAGCAUUUAGACAACUUGGAAGUAGAACGCCAGGACAUCCUGAACGAGGACUUCCGGGAAUAGAAUGCACAACUGGACCACUGGGGCAAGGAUUAGCGAAUGCUGUUGGAUAUGCAAUUUCUCUUAAAAAGCUGAGUAGUCAUAUUGGGAAUACAUGCAAGGUAUAUUGUGUAUUUGGAGACGGAUGUUAUCAGGAGGGAAUAGGACAAGAAUCUUUUUCGCUUGCAGCAAAUCUAAGACUGGACAAUUUGGUGUUGAUUUAUGAUUUCAAUAAAGUAACGAUAGAUGGACCUACGUCGCUGUCAAUGAAUGAAAACGUAGUGAAAAGAUUUGAAAGUCUCGGAUUUGUUGUUGAGGUUGUUUCUGGUAAUGAUAUGAAUGGAAUGAAGAGAGCGUUGAAGGACAUAACACAUGGCAUGCCAAAGGUGAUUAUUCUUGAAACUGUGAUUGGAUACGGAAGUGAGAUGGAGGGUGAUUGUAAGGUUCAUGGCAGUCCACUGGGAGUAGAAGGUGUUUCAAAGCUUAAAGAGCGUCUUGGAAUGCCAUCUGCUGAUUUCUUUGUUUCAUCAUCUUUGCUAGAUAAAUUCGAUGAGCUUAUUAAGAAAAAACGAGCCGAGGUUAUUGAAUGGAACAGUAAAUCAGAGGCGAUUAAUAAGCUUUGUGAUAGAGUAAUGGAUGUAAGUGACGAGAAGUUGAUGUAUAAAUCGGUUUAUGUGAGAAAUGAUGCGCAAAAGGCAACUAGAAAGCAUUUCUCAGAAGCAUUGUGUGAUCUAAAAGACAAUUCAUAUUUGAUUGGCGGGUCUGCUGAUUUGCAAUCAUCAGUAUUAACAAGGAUAGGAAGUAAUGAUUUUUCGCAUGCCAAUAGAGAUGGAAAUUACAUCAAUUUUGGAAUCAGAGAGCACAGCAUGUGUGGAGUUAUGAAUGGGAUUUCAUCCCACGGAUAUUUCCUUCCGUAUUCAGGAACCUUCCUAAAUUUUAUUUCUUAUGGGUUUCCAUCGGUCAGGCUUGCUUGCAUGGACAAUCUAAAUCUUUUCUAUGUGCUGACACAUGAUUCAAUAGGACUUGGUGAGGAUGGCCCUACUCAUCAACCAAUUGAGGUGCUUGCCACACUUAGAGCAACACCGGGACUUAUAACAAUGAGACCGUGUGAUGGAUUAGAAUGCAGAGCAUCGCUGAUGAUUUGUUUAUCACGGCCAGGACCAAAGGCUGUAAUACUUUCUAGACAAAAUGUGCCAGAAAUUGCAGACACGAGCUUUGAGAAGGCAGAAAAGGGAGCGUACUUCCUUGUUGAGAAAGAUGAACCUGAUCUGAUAUUGCUUUCAACAGGAUCAGAGAUUUUGAUUUGUUAUGAGAUUAUGAAAAAAUUAUCACACAUCCGGAUUUCCAUUGUUUCGUUUUUUUCAUGGGAAUUAUUUGAGCUGCAAAACGAUGAUUAUAAACGACAUAUACUCAAGGAUGUCCCAAGGAUCAGUAUUGAGGCAAUGAGCACAUUUGGAUGGACGAAGUACGCAGAUAUGCAGAUUGGUCUCGACUGUUUUGGUGCGAGCGGAAAAUAUAAGAAUGUCUAUGAGCAUUUUGGACUGGAUUGUAAUGCGAUUUGUAACAAGAUAGUUAAAUUUUUGAAUAAAUAA